UUGGUUAUAUGGGGUUUUCCCCCACGAAGAUGCCACACCAGCCACCUUUCCUUUGUGCUAAGCCACUUUACUCAAUCACCCCUAGGUAUCGACUUCCUAGGAAGUCGUCUUAACCUAGGAAGGUCUACCUAGCUCUUGUUGCUCCUGUUCCUUGUUGGAGAUCGCCCCAGCUUCAUAAGCCGAUGGCCGCAGUCAACAAUCCCAACGAAAUCUAUUGACUACUCUACCUCUAGCAAAGAUGGCCAGCAUUGCUGGAACAGCCGUGUAUUCACUACCCAGGUUUCUCCUCCCUCGACUGAGCUGGACCGUGCCCAUCCAAUCGACACCAAGCGCAUUGUGCGGCGCAAGAUUCGCUCCAGCACCACAGUCUACACCUCAGCGUCCCGGGAGAGCGACAUUUCACACAAAGCGCCCAUCACCGCUGCGCACGAUUUCAAAAGGCCAUAAUGGGAAACUGUCAAUUAUACAGCAACACCUGUUGCUGCGACGCUCGUUCAGCGCCACAUCGUCCCGGGGAAGAGACCACCACUUUGACACACUCAAGUUCGUCCAGCGACUGCAGAGCGAGGGUUUCACGGAGGACCAGUCGGUAGCGAUGAUGAAGGUAUUGAACGAUGUGAUAGAAGAAAGUAUCCGGAACUUAACGCGCACAAUGGUUCUGCGUGAGGACGCCGCAAAAGCCACAUACACGCAAAAGGUUGACUUCGCAAAGCUGCGCUCAGAGCUGUUGUCCGCCGACAACACCGAGUCCAACACAACGCGGGCGGCACACGAGCGCCUGACUAACGACAUCACGAAGCUGAACUCGCGGUUGCGCGACGAGAUAGGACGCACCCAGGCUUCGGUACGUCUGGACCUGAACCUGGAGAAGGGCCGUAUCCGCGAGGAAGCUUCGCAGCAGGAGCUCCAAAUCAAGGAGACCGAGACUAAGAUUGAGCAGGAGGUCGCCGCCCUCCGCGAGAAGCUCGAGCAGGUCAAGUUUCAGACAUUACAAUGGCUCAUGGGCGUGUGCACGGGUUUUGCUGCCGUGCUUCUCGGUGCUUGGCGCUUGCUUAUGUGAGUGGACCAACUCACCAUAGGGACGACGUAGUCGCAAUGGGGUGUGAUAGUACAUCAUCACACAAUGUAUCUAUCAAUUCAUUGCCUCAUAACGUCACAUACCUAGACUUUCGCUUUGUGAGUGUAUUGGCACAGGCAGCAAUCAUGAAAUAUCUUUCAAAACCCCCAGGAAAGCGUUAUAGCUGUGACAAAGUACAAGCACUAUGACGAUUACCCGGACUGCAAAUGGCAUGUUGAGAAAUUAAUCAGGACAUUAUAUUUUAGUAUUUGCGUAAUUCAGAGGCUGGUGCUUUUGCAAACAAAUAUCAUGACUGGAUCCAAAGUCAUAAAGUAAUCAGUUCCGCGGCUUCUAUUUGUCUCCAG